GUGAUAAUGCAUGUCGUGUUAAUAAUGGAGGCUGCAGCACUCUUUGUUUAGCCAUUCCUGGAGGCAGAGUUUGUGCCUGUGCUGAUAAUCAGCUUUUGGAGGAAAACAGUACAACGUGCAUGAUUAAACAUGGAGAAGUGCUACCGCAGUUGUGCAAAGCUGAACAGUUUCAGUGUAACAACAAGCGCUGCAUCCAAGAUCGCUGGCGCUGUGAUGGGGAUGAUGACUGUCUGGAUGGCAGUGAUGAGCAUUCUGAAAUUUGCUUCAAUCAUAGCUGUCCUGAUGAUCAGUUUAAGUGCCAAAAUAAUCGCUGCAUUCCCAAGAGGUGGCUUUGUGAUGGAGCCAAUGAUUGUGGUAAUAAUGAAGAUGAAUCAAAUAAAACCUGUGCAGCAAGAACGUGUCAGGUUGACCAAUUUUCUUGUGGGAAUGGACGCUGUAUUCCGACAUCAUGGCUGUGUGACAGGGAGGAUGACUGUGGAGAUGAAACCGAUGAAAUGAUAUCCUGUGAAACUCCCUCUCCUGGAAGAUGCAAUGGGAAGGAAUUUCAGUGCAGUCCUGAUGGGAACUGUGUUCCUGAGUUGUGGCGCUGUGAUGGAGAAAAGGACUGUGAAGAUGGUAGCGAUGAAAAAGGCUGUAAUGGAACUAUACGACUAUGUGAUGAAAAAACAAAGUUCUCCUGCAAGAGUACAGGGAGAUGCAUUAGCAAAGCGUGGCUAUGUGAUGGCGAUAUUGAUUGUGAGGAUCAGUCUGAUGAGGAUAAUUGCGAGGGUUAUAUGUGUGGACCACCAAAAUACCCUUGUGCUAAUGAUACCUCCAUCUGCCUACAGCCUGAGAAGCUCUGCAAUGGGAGAAGAGAUUGUCCUGAUGGAUCUGAUGAAGGCGAUCUUUGUGGCUGUACUGCAAGACGGGAUCUUAAAUUCAGUGUUCUGGAACAUGUUAAAGAUUACGUUGUAGGCCUAAAUCCUCUGAGAGCUACCUAUGGAUUCCAUGCUGUUCAGGCUCCAGAUCCAUUUGAGGCUUUCAUAAUUUUUUCUAUUCGACAUGAGAUCAGAAGAAUUGAUCUACACAAACGUGACUACAGCCUCUUAGUUCCUGGUUUAAGAAAUACAAUAGCACUUGAUUUUCAUUUCAGUCAGAGUUUACUUUACUGGACAGAUGUGGUAGAGGACAAAAUCUACAGAGGCAAGCUCUCUGAUACUGGAGGUGUUAGUGCCAUUGAGGUGGUAGUACAACAUGGCCUGGCAACACCUGAAGGUCUUACUGUAGAUUGGAUUGCAGGAAACAUAUACUGGAUAGAUAGUAAUUUGGACCAAAUUGAAGUAGCAAAACUAGACGGCACUUUGAGAACGACGUUAAUAGCAGGAGCUAUGGAACAUCCAAGGGCUAUUGCUUUGGAUCCCAGAUACGGAAUUCUGUUUUGGACAGACUGGGAUGCAAAUUUUCCUCGCAUUGAAUCCGCUUCCAUGAGCGGAGCGGAAAGAAAGAUCAUAUAUAAAGAUAUGGAUACUGGAGCCUGGCCUAAUGGCCUUACUGUAGAUCACUUUGAAAAAAGAAUAGUAUGGACAGAUGCCAGAUCGGAUGCCAUUUAUUCUGCAUUAUAUGAUGGAACCGGCAUGAUAGAGAUUAUACGGGGUCAUGAAUAUCUUUCUCACCCUUUUGCUGUUUCUUUGUAUGGGAGUGAAGUAUAUUGGACAGAUUGGCGGACAAAUACACUUGCAAAAGCUAAUAAAUGGACUGGCCAAAAUGUCAGUGUAAUCCAAAAAACAAGUGCUCAGCCAUUUGAUCUUCAGAUAUAUCAUCCAACUCGUCAACCACAAGCUUCCAAUCCGUGUGCUGCUAAUGAAGGCAGAGGUCCAUGUUCUCACAUGUGUCUGAUCAAUCACAACAGAAGUGCUGCAUGUGCCUGUCCACAUCUGAUGAAACUGUCUUUAGAUAAGAAAACAUGUUAUGAAAGGAAGAAAUUUCUUCUUUAUGCAAGACGUUCAGAGAUAAGAGGGGUGGACAUAGAAAACCCAUACUUCAACUUCAUUACAGCCUUCACUGUUCCUGACAUUGAUGAUGUGACGGUCAUAGAUUUUGAUGCCAUUGAGGAACGCUUGUACUGGACUGAUGUGAAAACACAGACCAUCAAGCGUGCCUUCAUUAAUGGGACUGGCUUAGAAACCAUUAUUUCAAGAGAUAUUCAGAGUAUCAGAGGUCUUGCAGUGGAUUGGAUAUCACGUAAUUUAUAUUGGAUUAGCUCAGAAUUUGAUGAAACACAAAUUAAUGUGGCACAUUUAGACGGUUCCUUGAAAACUUCAAUCAUCCAUGGAAUUGAUAAACCCCAGUGUCUUGCAGUUCACCCAGUAAAAGGUAAGCUCUACUGGACGGAUGGUAACACAAUUAACAUGGCAAACAUGGAUGGCAGCAACAGCAAAAUACUCUUUCAGAAUCAAAAAGAUCCUGUUGGUUUAUCGAUAGAUUAUGGGGAGAACAAACUUUACUGGAUCAGUUCAGGAAAUGGAACCAUAAAUAGAUGCAACUUGGAUGGUGGUAAUCUUGAAAUAAUAGAGUCAAUGAAAGAAGACUUAACAAAAGCCACAGCUUUAACCAUUAUGGAUAAAAAGCUUUGGUGGGCAGACCAGAACUUAGCUCAGAUUGGUACCUGUAAUAAAAAAGAUGGAAGAAACCCAACUGUCCUGCGAAACAAAACUUCAGGUGUUGUACAUAUGAAAGUGUAUGAUAAAGCAGCACAGCAAGGUAUUGAAUCAUUUCUUAUGUAUUCUGUUCAUGAAGGAAUUAGAGGAAUUCCUCUUGAUCCAAAUGAUAAAAUGGAUGCUUUAAUGCCUUUAUCUGGAACUUCAUUUGCUGUGGGCAUAGACUUCCAUGCAG